AUGUCCUCAUCGCACCACCACUCCGCGCGCGCCACGCUACGAGCCCGCUGGCACGGCGGCGCGCACAAGGCGGGUUACGGAAUCCGCGCGGCGCACGUCAUCCAGGCGUGCGCCUUCGCUAUAGUCACGCUCUGGCUCUGCUACCAUUGGUCGCACGCCCCCCGCCGCCAGCCCCCGCACGACGCGGACCUGGCGGCGGUGAGCGCGGGGAGGCUGCAGGUUCGGGGGCUCGUGGUGGAGCGGCCCAAGCCUAAAGAUGUGGCUCGGCGGAAGAGCCGCAGCGUGAUCUCCCUGGAGGGCCCCGGCGACCGCGACCUGCUGCCGGGGGACGGCGCUCUGGCGGACGCGGAGGGCGCGCGCGGCGGAGGGACGGCGCUGGCGGGGGGGGAUAUCGUGCGGCGCAUCGUGGCGAAGGCGGGCAUGGCGCAGGCGGCGGGCGUGAAGCUGAAGGACCUGGUGGAGGCGAAGGCGCAGGGCGGGGGGAACCUUCUGGGGGAGUUCGGGGGGGAGGCGGAGGAGGAGGGGGAGCGGAAGUGGGAGGAGGAGGGGGAGAUGGAGGAGCGCGCGCUGGUGGACCUCAAGGGCGGCGGGCGCGAGGCGAAGGUGGUGCAGCGCGCGCUGGACGAGACGCGCGCCGUGGAGGGGGACGGCGCUGGGGAGGGGGGCGCGGAGGGGGAGGGCGAGCGCGAGGGCGCUGCGUCGUCGGCGCUGGAGGUGGCGGAGGACGCGGAGCUGGGCGCGGGGAGGGGGGGCGCGGAUGAGAGAGGGGCGGGGGGCGGGCGGGAACAGCAGGCGGGGCGGGGGGAGGGACAGGGUGGAGGGGGGAGCGGGAAGUUGUUCAAGGUGGAAGGGAGAGGGGAAGAAGGGGCGGAGACGGAAGGGGAAGAGCAGGGAGGGGAGGCGGGGCAGCAGGGACGGGGAGAGGAGGAGGAUGAAGAAAGUGGUGAGGAGGAUGGGGCAGCCGAGAGCGGCAGCAGCAGCAGCAGCGGCAGCGGCGGCGCAUGGGAGGGGCAGCAGGGGGGGGAGAAGGAGAGUAGUGUGAGCCACCCAGUGGAGCUGGCGGGCACAAGGCGCAUGGCAGUGCGCCUGCACGCCCCCUCCGCGCGCCUGCUGCUCGCCUUCUCCCCCUCCCGCGUUGCCAUGCCCGCCCACCCGCCCACCCGCCUCACCGCCGUGCCGCCCCUGCUGCUGCCGCUGCUGCCGCCCGUGCUGCAGGGCCGCCCGCUGUCAGCCUUCCAGGCGGAGGGCGCUGCUGCUGCUGGUGCUGCUGCUGCUGGUAGUGGUGGUGGUGGUGGUGGUGGUAGUGGUGGUGGGAGGGGAGUGGGGAAGGGCAGCACGCAGGGUGUGACGUGGCGGGGGCACGUGCGAGUGGGCAGAGGUGAGGGGGAACCGGGGCGUCAUCCCUCCUCCCUCUGCCCCCGUGUGUGUGCUACACACCGUGCGUGCCUGGUGGGCGCAGGGGACAGUGGGACUGCGGAGGGGACGGUGGAGAGCGACGGGGUGAGGGGAGGGGGCGAGGAGGGCGGGGAGGGCGAGGAGGUGGAGGUGCGGGUGGGAGUGAGCGCGGAGGUGCUGAGUGCGCGCGCCAUCGCUGUCACGUGGACCCAAUUACUUGACGGAAACAUCCCCUAA